CGUCACUAUGUGGGAGUGGUUUUCCCCCCAAAGAGGUUACAGUUCACUACCAAACGACAAAUAAUCAUUGGCUGUCAAUAUGGCCUCCAGAAAAAGAAAGCCGUCGUUUGUCACCCCGUUUUCCCAAAGUAGCCAACCUGCCGUUACAGUCCGUUCUGAGGCCGAUACGCCCGUGGGUAAAUCAAGUGGGAAAGAUGUACCGACCAAUGAAGGUGAACCGUUCCAGAUGUCGCCAUUGCUUGUUGGCCGAAUGCAGGUCGUUACACCGAACAUGCGGAAGAAAAUUAAGAGAAGAUUUGCUUGCGGAAUCUUUCGCAACGGCACCUCAUUGACCCAAGAAUCCUCACCAGGAUUAGAUGUUCCGUUCGUAUUCAGUCAAGCAGACGAGCCUGACAUACUUCUUGACGUACACAAUGAUCUGCCCAAGGGUGAACCGUCUUCAAAACAUGAAAAACUGGAAAACAAAUUAAGAAAAUCCGAAGUGCAAGACAGUAACAAAUCGGAAGACUUGCAGGUCAAUGAGAAUAACGUCCACGCGGUCUUGGUAAAUGAUCCAGAUUAUACAGACAGAAAUGUUUACGACAGUUCUGUUGCGUUUUGUAAAAUCGUUAAUCAGAAAGCAGGGAAUCCAACGAAAAGUACACAUUUUCAAGGAGAUAAAGCUAAAGUGAAAGAAGUGAUAAAAACGUUUGUGAAAGUAAGUGGUAAUCGGAAGUUCAGUCCAGCGGAUCAAGCUACGACAUGCGUUGCUAUCACAGAAAGAAAUGGGCCAAAGAAUAAACCGGUACUUGUAAAUAAGAAACAUGUCCGCGAGGACAAACGCCAAGAAUCGAAAGAAUCCAAACACACUUCGGCAAAUCAGUGGUGUUCUCGAAGAAAGAAGACAAACGUGUGUAAGAAAAAUAAGUUUAGAGAAGAGGAGAUUCGCUACUCGGUAUUGAAGGAACUGAUGCAGAUGCAUAUGGAGAUUAACGACCUCCAAAACAGAAGAAAGUUACUUAAGCUACCGGAUGGUUAUACCAGUAUUAACAGACUUCUUCCAACUCAAGAUAUGAAAGACUUUCCUAACCAUGCCAAGUUGUUCGAGGAGUAGCACGGUAAACGUUUCUGGAGAGAAUGGCGGGAUGUUGUUCUUGAAUGAUGAGUAAAACAGUCAUAAUCAGAAUGUACAUGUUGAGUUUCUUCAGUAACCAGUUACCUAAAACUGUUCAUAUUAUAUGAUAUAUUAUAUUCAUUUAAGACUCAUA